AUGGAUGUGACCACCCCACAAACAUAUGCCCGCAGUUAUUGCCGUUAUCGUUGUCUGAGAAGGAAGGUGAAUUUGGGGAACUUGCUAUACAUGAGAGGUAGGAUGUGGGAUGGAAGCUUAACUAACGUAUGUAAGUGGACCACCAGUUGA